AAAAUAGUAUGCCUCAAAAGCAUAGAUAUUGUUGAAUAGCGAUUUGUCAAAUAAAGCAAAAAUUUAUUAUUUAAUUAAAAUAAUGGUAAAAUGAAAUUAAAAUCAUCACUUUAGAUGUUGAGUUUAAGGAUUAAUUUUUAGUAAAAAGUAUCCCAGCUUUAUUUAACAUAAAUCACAUUUCUAAUUUUGGAAAUAUACAUCCUAAUAUGAAUGGAGAUCAUCAAAUCCACUAAUUAAAUCAGCUAAAGAUGGAUUGCACCCAUUCUUAUUUUGAGCAGAGUUGAAUUAAAAGGAAUCAAUUCUAUUUUGUGGAGAUGCAACUGGAUGUAUAUAAAUUCGGAUAGUAGAAUGGGAAUAAAAUGAAUUAAAUUGUUAGGAGGAAUUUAAGCGAGAUACUGCAUGAAUUACAGCAUUAAGCUUAAGUCCAUCUGAAAAAUAUUAGCUGCUUGCAACGCUGCC